AAGACAACAAACAGAACACAAAGUUAGAACAGCUUGCUGCACGGAAAAUUUAUUAAAACCUUAUCAGAAUCGAUAAGAAAGCUGUCGAACAUGAAGCCAAAUCGUGUGCGGUCGGUGUAAAAGGCAUUUUUAAGUUGCAUCAUGCUAUUGUUAGAGUAGUUUCAUUCAAGUGCCGCUUCGCAGUGGCGGUGGUAGUGCACGCUUUCCUUAUUUGUUUACGAAACACACCGCUUGCCAGCUGUUGGCCAUACAAGGAGCCAAUUCCUGCGUAAAGUGUAUCACGAUGGAUGGUAUAUGCUUCGACUACGAUCACUACUUCUCAGAGGAAACGUUCAUUAUUGAUGAUUUCGGUGAAAUUUGUGAGGAUGUGGUCCGUAUAGCUAGUGCCAACACGCAGUAUCUUUGCAAGGAUUUCGAUGCGGAACCGCGACAAGAAAGUCCUCCCCCAGGAAGCUUUAUCGCUUCAAAUCGAUGCUUCGAGAAGGAGGUUUCGUCACUGUUCUCCGAGAUGGAGUACCUAACGGAAGUGUCACCCGGCACGGAUUUAGUUCUGUCCGAUACGAACGCAAUAACGAUUGCGGUAAAUCCAUCCGAAUUUUCUUGCAAACGUUUGACACAUUCCAUCGAUGAUGUGCCGAACGAAAAAUCGGACAAUAGUCCACAACAUUACACGUUGGAAGCCACUUUACCUACUGUGGAAACACGCGAAACAAAGCCACAUCCAGUACAGGCACUCGCUCACGUUUCAGCACCAGUGGAAUAUCAGCGUAUUCUUAACAAUUACAUACAAAAGGGACGUCGAAAGCUGGAAGCUAGUUCCUACUCCAAAAUGAAAGCUUCCUGUCUGGCUAGGGAACGAUUGAAUGCAUCUGCAUGUGCUACCUCAACGAACGAAACGGUAACGGCACCAACGACGCAACCGUCCGCUAGAACCGAUCAACAGUUCCAGCUGUGUCCUAGCACUUCCGUCACUGCCAUUGUCAAGAAUCUUCCCUUGCCGACGAGUAACGCAUCAUUCGACAAAGCAUCUUCCAUUAGUAACUGCAAACGUACGGUCGAAAUGAUCAAAACAUCAUCGUCAUCGUCCUGCCCAACGUUUCACCAAAGUGCACCGAACCGACCAACGAUGGGAUUGCUCAAAUCGGCACGAUCGUAUCACUGCCGGGAUUGUGGUUCCUCGUUCACUUCCAGUGAGCUGCUCCGGAAGCACAGCUGCAUUAUCGCCGAACAGUAUCAGUGUCAUUUGUGUUUACGUGAAUUUAAGAAACGUAAAACACUUGACCAUCAUAUGAAAUCUCACGAUAAAGUGUUUUCCACCGACGAUGAUUUACGCAAGUAGCCACACUCACACACACACUAGCAGUGGUUGUGAUUUACGUUCAUUUAUUCUGCCCAGCUUGAUUAUUUGUGUUGACGUUCAUUUUAAUGUGUUCUACCGCCCAACCUAUCGUAUAGGUUUUUAUCAUUUUUAAAUCUGCCAUUCAAGACGCUUGCUUUCGAAACACAUAGUGUUAGUUGUAUUAAUUGCAAUAAAUAGUUCGAAAUCCA